AGGACAGAUUUGGCAGUUGACAAAAUGAAAAAAAGAAGAAAAAAAGAGAACUAACAGAAGAACAGAAACAAGAAAUUAAAGAUGCCUUUGAUCUGUUUGAUACAGACAAAGACAAAUCCAUAGAUUACCAUGAAUUAAAGGUGGCAAUGCGAGCUCUGGGGUUUGAUGUGAAGAAAGCAGAUGUUCUAAAAAUCCUAAAGGAUUACGACAGUGAAGCAACAGGAAAAAUUACUUUUGAUGACUUUAAUGAAGUUGUUACAGAUUUGAUAUUGGACCGUGAUCCCCAGGAAGAGAUGCUCAAAGCUUUUAAACUGUUUGACGAUGAUGACUCAGGAAAAAUUAGCUUGAGAAAUCUACGUCGGGUUGCUCGUGAACUUGGGGAAAACAUGACGGAUGAAGAGCUGCGGGCUAUGAUUGAUGAAUUUGACAAAGAUGGUGAUGGAGAAAUAAAUAUAGAAGAAUUCAUUUCCAUAAUGACUGGGGAUACUUAA